AUGUCUUCGAUCCAGCAAACGUACCCUCUGUAUAUCGACGAUUUGACGAAACGCCAUUUGAGUCAACUCAUGGAAGUGCUGACCAUCGACAGCUUCCCCCCAGAGGGAGGCACCUCGGUGGAAGGGCGGAUCAAGGAGGCAAUCAAAAAGCUUCCCUGGGAUCUGCGCCGUCAAGCCUUCAUUCGGAUUGUGCCAAACGCCGUCAUUCAACCGGCCAUCCUGUGCGAGCCACACACCGGCAUGAACCCUUACGUGAUCAACGACGUUUUUAUCCUGAUCAAACGCGAGGUGACCGAGCAUUUGAGAUGUCUCAAGCGAUACACCGGCGAGAUCGACCCUGAGCUCAGGCUAAUACUGACCGAGCUUAAAGGGAUGAGGGGUUUAUGGCGCAGUGAUCCAAAUUUGAAGUCGUAUCUGCAGUACAUGAAAGUCUCUUAUCAGCAUAGCAGCUGCGAGGCAUGCAUGCUGGUGAAGAUCAUCGAAACACCGGUCUGGCUGCAAAACCUCCGCACGACCCUGUUGAGCCGCACAAGAACGCGAGCCAAGCCCCAGAAGCCUCACCGACCACCGCAGCUUCUGAGGUUCGUCGACCGGAGUAUUGAAACGCACCCCGAUCUCGUUACCGACAUGUUCUAUAAGAGUGGUCAAAUAGCGUACGGCCUAAAGGCCGUGAGAAAGCUGGCGGUCCAGCAAAAUAGACAAGCCUGCAAAGGUAAAGACCACGAGGAUGACAAGCGUGAAGAUGAACAAAUGCCUGACGACAAGCAUAGAAAACGCCAAACCAUUGUCGUUUACUGGGGCCAAGAGGCGAGGGAGCAGUUGGGAACGGCGGAAACAUUAAGCAGCCCAACCGCUGUCGAAACGGCAAACUCAACGACUGCUGUGGAGGAUGACGACAUAUUGCAAGCCAUGCACGGCAAAACGACACCCGGAGAGAUGACGGCCAGAAAGAUGACACCCAGCGAGGCUCUUAUCAACGAGAUCAUCGCAGAAUAUGCCGGGCUAACAGGAACUACAAACAUGGAGGACGCACGACAGAGUUUGUUGGUCUUGGAGCCUGAUGUGGCCCCUCCCACUCCACUGUCUGUCACCAAACCGGGCACGAGAAGUCCCUCGACGGUUUCUCCCACCAGCCCGUAUGCCAGCCCCUAUGCCAGCCCCUAUUCCACCAGUUCACCUGCCACCAGCCCGUGUGUCACCAGUCCUUAUUAUGGGACUGAACCGCUCAAGCCCUCUUUUGCACGCGACAGUAGCAUAGGAGGAAUGAAAAGCAAAUUUUCCACUACGCGAGACACCAUCAAUUGGAGAAAGGUCAUCCAUAAGUCCAGCCCUCUGGACAAUCUCUCUUCACGCGCCGCCUCAGCCUUCCGUGACAUCAACGGAACCACUGAGCGCAUUGCGUUUGAAUACCGAGAUCUUCUCAGUCCGCAAGAAAAGUACGAAUACUCUGACUCGGAGUAUUCGUUCUCACCAACUGAGGAACGUCCUCGGCCAAAUACCACCUGGGAAGAUAUCUGUGAGAAUAUGAACAUCGAGCAACCCCGUCCUCAGCUUAAAGAAACCAAGAGAGGAAAGGGACUGUUGAGGAUGCUUAAGAAGACAACUCGCCCCGAGGUGGACAGGACGUGA